AUGGACGGUAUUGAUCAUACGGAGCUCAUCACACGACUUCAGACUCAACUAGAACAGCAGACCCAAAUUAUUCGCCAGCAACAGGAGGCACAUCAGAAACUCGUUGCAGAAAUAGCCCAACUCAAAGAAAGGCGACCAGAAACGACGGAAGACAAUAGCCAAACUGGCAAUCCCAAUCAUGGCCAUCACAAUGGCCGGAAUAAUCGCCACCAUGAUGAUAGCGGUCCUCCUCCACGUUCACCUGAACUCCUACCAUUCACCGAAGAAAUCAUGCAAGCCAUAAUGCCCGAUCGGCCACCCCCUCCGAUCGAAAAAUUUGACGGAACGACCGAUCCUGAACACCAUCUCCGAAAUUUCAUCGACUCCAUGGCUUUCUACUCCAACAGCGAUCCGGUCAAGUGCAGGGCCUUCUCCCUGUCUCUCAAAGGCGAAGCCCUGGAGUUGUAUUACACUUUACCCCCAAAUUCUAUCGACAGCUUUUAUGCUGUCAACACGCUUUUCAAGAGGCAAUUCUCUGCCAACCGGAGGGAAGGAGCGUCCGCGGCCGAACUCAUCAAUCUUAAACAGGGGAGAGACGAGCCACUGAGGACAUUCAUGCGCAGAUACUCGGAGACCGCCAGGAGAGUGAAGGGCGUCUCCCAUGAGUUUAUUAUUACCAACCUCCCCAAUUGCCUCAAACCAGGGUUUGUUUCGGAAAAUUUGUACGCCAAAUUACCGAAAACUAUGGAGGAAUUGCACGAAAAAAUGGCCAAGUUUAUCAAAAUGGAGGACCAACGACAUUACCGGAAGAAGAUUGAAGCUCCGAUUAUAGAGACAAAACGCGAUGACAGACGAACGGGUGACAAAGGUCGUAAUCAAAGGCCCUUUCAAAAAGAAAUGAAGGCUCCGCUCGGACCUAGGUACGACCACUACACACACCUUACGGCUCCAAGGGACAAGGUGUUCGACAAAACCUUCCAAUCCAACCUAAUCACCAUUAACAAAAGGCAUACGCCUAGAGAUGCGGACGCCUCCAAGCUAUGUCGAUUCCAUGACAAUCAGGGGCAUACCACCGCGAGCUGCCAAGAACUUAAAGACGAGAUAGAAAGAUUAGUCCGGGCGGGCUAUCUGCGAGAAUUUGUUAAAGUAGAGACCGGCCAGAGGGGACGCUCCCCCUAA